AAUCAACCACUAUAAUUACUAAUUAGGACACAGCACACUUUACGUAAAGAUUAAGAUAAAACAAUUAAAAAUACAAUUCAAGUAAUUAAAAAAUUGGUAAAAGAGAAGUUGAUUAAUAAUUAAUAAAGAUGUAAAAAGAAGAGAAUCUACUAACUUACAGUAACGAUUUAGGAAAAGAAUGAUUCGUGCUUCUCUUUGUUCAUCCAUGCACGUAUUCCUCCUCUCCAUAGUUGCAACCAGCUUUUGAACAACAUAUAUAUAUACACACACAUGGUCCCUCUUAGAUCAUCACAAAAUUUCAAUUUAAGGAGUUGCCAAAAUUAAGACAAUGGCUUAUUUACAUCUAUUUUUGGGUUUACUUCUUUUAAUUACAGGGGCAGAGUUGUCCACGUGUGCAAGAAUUUUCACAAUAGUAAACUACUGCAAAGAAACAAUCUGGCCCGCCGUAACUCCCGGUGAGUAUUUCAACGGCGGCGGCUUUGUUCUAAAGCCUGGCCAAACCCAAAUCUUCACCGCCCCCAUCAGCUGGUCCGGCCGCAUAUGGGCCCGCACCGGCUGCAAUUUCGACAGAAAUGGUAACGGCUCCUGCCAAACCGGCAGCUGCGGCUCUACCCUCAAGUGCGGUGCCUCCGGCAAGCCGCCAGCCUCCCUGGCAGAGUUUACACUUGCCGCCACCGACUUCUACGACGUAAGCCUAGUCGACGGGUUCAACUUGCCCAUAGUUGUGACACCGCUCAACGGGAGGGGGAACUGCAGCGUUGCUGGCUGCGACGCCGACCUCCGGACAAAUUGUCCAGCGGAGCUGGCGGUGAAAGGUGGCGGCAGAAAUGUGGCCUGUAGAAGUGCGUGUGAUGUUUUCGAUACGGAUGAGUAUUGCUGUAGAGGGGUUUACGGGAAUCCGGUGACUUGUCAGCCAACUUAUUAUUCAAAGACGUUCAAGAAAGCUUGCCCCACUGCGUAUAGCUACGCUUACGAUGACCCGACAAGUAUUUUCACUUGUUCCGGCACUGAUUAUGUUGUUUCCUUCUGCUCAUCCAGGAAACAACCUGUAUGUACAUAUCACAACAACAAAUUGGUGUGUGGUGGAUCAAUGGGUUUGAAGCCUACAGGGAAAAAGUGGUGGAUUAUGAUUCUAACCAUGAUUAUCACAACUGCUCUCUGGAAUAUUUGUUGACCACCUUAUAAUUAAUACAUGCAGCUUUUGAUAGCCAAUGCAAUUUUUUAUUUUUAUUUUUUAUUUUCUUUUAGAGCCAAUGCAAAUUUCUGAAUACAUAAAUCAACUGGAAGAAGAUGUAUAGUGUAUAUUAAGAUAAUUUCUCAAGAUCAUGUCAAUUUA